AUGCCGAAACGUAAGCUCCCUCCGACCGAAGAACUCUCCGAACCACAAGAAGUAUCUCAGCCUCGGCCUUCAAAACGUUUACGUUUCGCAAACGUGGCAUAUAACCCACCUUCCCGCGAUAUCCUCACCACUAUAUCCUCCGAGCUUCUACUGCGGAUAUUAUCCUUCUUGUCGUCGUCAGAGUUGCUGGAUAUCUCCCCCACUUCACAGCGUCUUUACCGCCUUGCGUCGGAUCCUCAUCUCUGGCGCGAACAUUACUACGAGCGCUUUGUUCUGCCGCGCGCUUUACGCAUACCUGGAUUUAGACUCGGUGGAGCUGGCGGAACUAAGCUACAAUAUUCCUCGCGACGAGCUGUAUGGGCAGAUGGACGGAAAGGAAGAGCGCCGGAGGAUGAGGUUCUAAGGGAGAGCAAUAAGACCGAGAGUGUCGACUGGAAGAGACAGUAUAAGUUACGUCACAACUGGGCCAGAGGAAAAUGCGCCGUGGAGGAGGUCAGCGUGCGAGAUGCGCCAGAUGAGAACGGAGGACAGAAGAGGACGUUAGUCAAGGUCGUGGAGGGCAUUGCAAUAACGGCCGAUUCGGCAUCUGGACUGCGCGCGUGGGAUCUUCGAACGCGGCGACCAAUUGCGCAGCUCGACUUACAUGAGGAAAACGAAAGCGACGAUAAUGCGCCGACGUCACUUGCGGUGGACGAAAGCGGUUCUGGAACAGUUGUGGAUAUCGUGGUGGGAUUCGCGGAUGGUGGCUUUGGACUUUGGCACUUGAACCUCGAGCGACAAGAACUAUUACGGAGAUAUCGGCACGAGGAAAGUUGCAACGGAGAACUCGUCGCCGUUGCUUGUGGAUAUCCUUAUGUCCUAACAGCGACGACAGCGGGUUUAAUAUCGCUAUACACGUUCAACCGCCCAGAUGACAAAGCCUCGGACGACACUGUAAAUAGUGUCAAUGACGAAUCGCCAUCGAAAGCGACAGAGAAACCACCGAACGCGAUCCUGCCGUCUCCAUAUCUCCUCACAUCGCUCAAGUCGCACACUACCCACUUACCACUCGCUCUAUCGAUACGGCGCAUGUCGUCCUCUGUGAGCGCCUCCAUCGCCUACACCUUCUCCGUCCGAGAAGGCUGGUGUAUCGGCAUUCAGGACUUGCUGAUAACACCGUCAGCCGAUGGCUCCGGCGUCGACACAAUAACCUCCCGCCUCGCAUCGACACUCCCCAUUACAGCCUCUGGCGGUGCUGACUCUCCUCAAACCAAUGAGUCACGGUCAGGGCUUACGACUCUUUGCUACAGCCACCCGUAUCUUCUCGCCACACUGCCCGACAACACUCUCGUCCUAUACCUUUGCACGUCGACCGCGACAUUCCUAUCGUUAUCCCUGGGUAUCCGCCUCUGGGGCCACACAUCAGGCAUCUCAGAUGCGGAGAUCACACCGCGGGGUAAGGCCGUGAGCAUUAGCACGCGAGGAGACGAGAUCCGCGUAUGGGAGCUGGAGGGCCGCGGCGGAGGCAGCAGCAUCGAGGUACGACCUACGAGCAGGCAGCCAGCCGAUGACGCGGGCAGCCCUACAUCCGCGCCAAGGGCUGAGUGGGAAGACCGCAGGAACUGGGUUGGCUUCGAUGAUGAGAUGGUCAUCGUCCUCAAAGAGGCGCGAGACGGUCGCGAGAGCCUGAUGGUCUAUGACUUUACAUGA